AUGUGCGUUGAUGAGGCUGCACUGAUGGGCACUGAUAGGCAGCACUGAUGGGCACUGAUAGGCAGCACUGAUGGGCACUGGCCAGGGGCGGACUGACAACUCAUGGGGCCCCCGGGCAAUAGGGGAUUAUGGAGCCUCUGUGUCCUUGCCCAAACUCAAAAAAGCCUAUAAAAAAGGUACCAGGGGCAUUUCAUGGGGCCCCCAAUGACCCCGGGCCCUCAGGCAGUGCCCGAGUGCUCGAAUGGUCAGUCCGCCCCUG